AUGUAUGAGUAUCAGCCACUCCCGGAGCAAGACUCCAUUCGAAUCCUCAUUCUCGCCCCAGGCAAAGACAACGAUCCAUUGUCUGGAACCCUCGAAACGACUCAUGUUAAUAAUCGUCAGCAAACUCCCCAUUCUGCCCAGAGAGCACCCAAACGACGAAAGACGUCGCCGGCGGCCCAGUUGCCCAGAUGGACCGCAGGCAGACCCUUUGAGGCCAUCUCCUACGCAUGGGGCUCAAAUAUGUUGGAUCACGCCAUCCUAUUGAAUGGUAUGGCCCACCAGAUUACGGCCAACUUGAACGAUGCUCUUCGUCAAUGCCGACUGCCAGAUCAGCCGCGAGCCUUGUGGGCAGAUUCGAUAUGCAUUAAUCAAAACGACUUGAAGGAAAAGGGACAACAAGUCGCAGUGAUGGAUCGCGUUUAUGCUUCUUCCCAGUGUACCCUAAUCUGCCUAGGGACUGACACUGACAAUCGAGACCACGCUUGGGACGCCUUUGAAGUGCUUUCUGAUGCUAAUACAAUGAUCCAACAAGCCCUCCAAAGUCCGGGCUUCUCUUGGGAACUUAACAGCUUCCCUUGGCCCAAUUUUCAAGAUCCGCUCGUCAAAGACUCGAGAUGGCAGUCAAUCAAGAUUAUGGUGGAUCUUCCCUGGUUCUGGCGCGGUUGGGUGGUGCAAGAGGCAGCAUUAGGACGUGAAGCGCGUAUCUUGUGGGCCGGCUGCGAAAUCCUAUUGCUGGACUUGAUGAGAGUCGAGUUAUGGUUUAACAGACGCGUGAGAGAACUAGCGGGGACUUCAAACCAUGUCAGCUGGUGGAUUACCAAACUCGUGCGGCAGACGCUCGUUCAUCAACGAAGGGCAGAGGCUAGGGUUUUUUACGACUCGGAGUGCCUAAUGGAAGACAUGGACAUUCUAGAGACUUUGGAUGGUGCUAGGAAUCUGGGCCUUGGUGAUCCAAGAGAUAGGAUCUACGCAUUCAUGGCCCUACCAUUUGUCAAGAACCCUAUGCCUGCUCUUCGUCCUGACUAUGAGCAAUCACACUUGAGGCUUUAUCGAGACUUCGCCGUGAAGUAUCUGGAACAUACUUCAGACUUGAAUAUCCUAUGUUAUGUGACACAUGAGGUGGACGAUGGGCAGGGGCCUGACAGCCUGGAGAGCUCAUGGGUUCCACGAUGGGAUCAUCGGAACUGGGUAACUUCUGUUCGUAUCAUUGGUCAGGGCUAUCGAUUCGGCUCUGAUUCUGCAGACUCGGCCGACUUUGCGAUUGUGCACAAAAAUGACCUUGCCCCAGUUUUAUUAAAGGUUCGAGCUGUCGUCUUCGGUUUGGUCGGAUUUGUUUCGCAGCGGUUUAUGCAACAUUCGACAGCUGAGGACUUGACCAGGGUAUGGUCGCUUGCUUCGGAAGGAGUUCCCCGCGCCUCAGGACGAGAAGAGUCUGACGCCUUUCAUGAAGUCUGGCUUUCCUCCAGGCCUUGUCUUUCGGAACCUUUUCAGGACCUUCCCAGGAAGAUUGGGAUGACUCCCUGA